AACCCUAACCGUAACCCUAACACUAACCCUAAUGGCCGUAACCCUAACACUAACCCUAACCCUAAUCCUAACCCUAAACCGAACCCUAACCCUAAUGGCCGUAAACCUAACCCUAACCCUAACCCUAACCCUAAACCUAUCCCUAACGCUAACCCCAACCCUAACCCUAACCCUAACCCUAACUCUAACCGACGUAACCCUAACCAUAACCCUAAAACCAACCCCAACCCUAACCCUAACCCUAACCCUAAACCUAUCCCUAACGCUAACCCCAACCCUAACCCUAACCCUAACCCUAACCCUAACUCUAACCGACGUAACCCUAACCAUAACCCUAAAACCAACCCCAACCCUAACCCUAACCCUAACCCUAAACCUAACCCUAACUCUAAUCCUAACCCUAACCCUAACCCUAACCCUAACCCUAACCCUAACUCUAACCCUAACCCUAACCCUAACCUUAACCCUAACCCUAACCCUAAUGGCCAUAACCCUAACACUAAC